CCAAACAUCCCCAACCCCAACAUUCCUCCAAAUUUCAAAUUCCAAACCAAACUCUUUCAAGCAAUUCAACAAACACCUUCUAAACAUGUCCAGACCCACCGUUGAGCUUGAUUUUUUCGGCAUGGACCAGCACCACCGCGAUGCCCCCUCCUCCUCCUCCUCCUCCAAAUCCCAGUUCCAGAAAUUUCUCCACCGCCCCAAAAGCUUCCGAGGCAUUCACACCGCCAUGUCCAAGAUCAAUCCCGAGGCCUUCAAAUCCGUCAUCGCUUCCGGCGAUGCCAGCCCCAGUGUUCCAAAUCCGGGGAAAUCGUUUUCGGUGCCGUCGAGCCCCAAGGCGGAGCAAGUCCCGUUUUCCUCGUUGCCGCUCUAUGUUCCCACCGGCACUUCCGUCUCUUCUUUCACGGCUGCUGCUUCCGAGAGCCUUCAGGAAACGAAGCCGCUGACGAUUUUCUACAACGGUACCGUUUCUGUUUUCGACGUCCAUCGUGACCAGGUGGAUGGCAUAUUGAAGCUUGCCUUACAAGGAAACUCCGGCAAAGCAGCAGAGGCAUCGGUAGCCGUCGAUCCAAAACUUGCUUUUCAUCCAAGCGAGCAGCAUCAGACUCAGCAGCUUGUGGAUCCUCGUGACAAGGUGGAUAGCAUAUUGAAGCUUGCCUUAGAAGGAAACUCCGGCAAAGCUGCAGAGGCACCGGUAGCCGUCGAUCCAAAACUUGCUUUUCAUCCAAGCGAGCAGCAUCAGACUCAGCAGCUUGUGGAUCCUCUUAGCGGAUAUCUACCAAUUAGUCGCAAUAAGUCAUUGCAAAGGUUUCUUGAGAAACGCAAAGAGAGGAUGAAUUCGGGAUCUCCAUAUGCCUGCCAAACCUAAUUAUUGACAACCAGCAAAAGUAGGAGGAGGAGGAGACGUGUGUCGCAGAUGACUGAUUCCAACUUGCCUUAGGAAGCAAAGUACUCAUUUUAGUAGAAAGCGAAAGUUAAGACCGACAAUAUAGUAGCAUUCUCUAUAAUGUUUUCCUCGUGAAGGGGGCAAUAGCAAAAGCACUAGUCCUAUCUGAAAAGCACUUCUUGUUAAAAUCUCUUUGCACGUUUUAGCGAUGGCCGUGACUCCUUAGGGCAACCUAAGCUUAGCUGGGAGUACUUCCUCGAACUUCCAGGUGGCCUUCUAAUGUGGAUUAUCUGAGACCAUUUUUUAUUUGUAAAUUAUUAUUAUUAUUUAUUAAUGUUAGCAUUGAAUUUGGUGGAACCAUGUGUUUUGGUUUCCAUUGGAAUCAAUUCACCUUGUUUGUGUUGUAAAGUAAUGGAAAUCCGAAUUCAACUUUUUUAAAACGUGUUUGGUUGACUGA